AUGCCAUUAUUUUAAUGUGGCAAAAGUAAAAAGGGACACAAAUAUUGUAGAUUGUGUGUCCAGAGUGUUAUUUGCCAUAAAUUAAUUAAAUUAAUGAAUUUAAUAUCUAACGAGCGUCUGGCUAUAGAGCAGUUAAGGGAGGUAAGUGAAUUGGAGCCAACUCUUUUGAAUUGGGGGAAAGAAAUACUUGAGUUAAAUAAGAAUAGGAAUAAAAACCGAAAAUCAACAACAAGAGAUGGUGAACGUAGAUAACGGUUGCCUUCAUUGAAUAAAGUUCCUUUAAAAAUGGCUCUACAAGAAAUCUCUCUUAAUGAGGAACACUUAGUUCCUAAUUAUUCUUAAUUACCCCCCUUCAUAAAAACAAUAAAGCCUCAUACAGCGAAACCUAACUAUAAUGGAAUAGUUCUUGGUGUAAAUUUUGCUCAUUUUGAAAGGCGUGUUUUAAGAAAAAUGAACUAAAUAUGA